AGAAUAUCUCGAACAUUUGUGUUGUUUCACACUAGAUACUGGUGCCAUAAAAAGGGAUAUUGUAUUCCUACUGGAUGGUUCUGAUAAUACAAGAAAUGAGUUUGAGGGGGUGAAGUUCUUUGUUAGGAGCAUUGUCAACAGUCUCCCAGUAAGCCAGAGUCAAGACAGAGUGUCUGUUGUCCAGUUCGCUGACCAACCUGCCGUUCACUUUUACCUGAACUCCCACAAAACUAAGCCUGAUAUCAUGAAUGGCAUUGACAACAUACAACACCAAGGAGGGAGUUUGCUGAAUGUUGGCAAAGCUCUACAAUACGUGAGACACAAUGUCUUCACGUCCUCCACGGGAAGUAGAAGACUGGACGGUGUGCCACAGAUCCUAGUCCUUGUCUGCAGCAAACCAUCCAAUGAUGACGUGAGAGGUCCAGCAUUUGCUCUGAGGGAGCAUGGAAUUACAACCAUCAGUGUUGGAGUUGGCGAUAAAACUGAUAUAGAAGCCACUGCCUCUAAACCUGAGCUCACGUUCAAGGUUGCAGACUUCUCAAUGUUGUCUUCAAUUCAGUCGGAUCUUUCCACUUCAUUGAACAAAAAUGGAGACAAUGAGAAAGCAGUGAAGGCCUUGUCUGAUUUAACAGUUACGGACACAGGGACCACAAAGAAAGACGUUGUUUUCAUUUUUGAUGGGACUGACAACCUGAAAGACGGGUUACCAGUAAUCCGCGAGUUCAUUAGAAGAACGGCAGACGGGCUGGAUAUUGAUGACGAUAAGGUUCGAGUUGCUGUUGUGCAGUACAGCGAUGACAUCACAGUACACUUCUACCUCAACUCUCACAGUUCCAGAAGAGGUGUGAUGAAUGGUAUCAGAAGUAUCCGUCACAAAGGAGGACGACAUCGAAACACUGGAGCAGCGCUACAGUUUGUGCAUGAGCGAGUGUUUGCUGGUGACUCUGGAGGCAGGCGCUUUGAGGGAGUACCUCAAGUACUGUUUUUAUUGACCGGAGGCAAAUCCGCCGAUGACGUCUCAGGACCAGUUUCUGAACUGAGAAGCAUGGGUGUCGUUUUGUUGGCUAUUGGUUUAAAGGGUGCUAAACGGAAUGAGCUGGAGAAAAUGGCUUUCUCACCUGGACACAUCUUCAACAUUCCUGUAUUUGGUGACCUUCUCGUCAUUCAGCCAGAGAUAGCUGCUCGAAUUGACAAAGAAAUAAGAGUUGAGACGUCUUCUAUGGUUGAUUCACACAAUCUCCAAAGGGACUUUGUGUUCUUACUUGAUGGGUCUGAUGACACAAGUGAUACCUUCCCAUCCAUGAAGCGUCUUAUCCAAAGACUAGUUGAGACAUUCAAUGUUGACGGGAAGAAGGACCAAGUCUCUGUUAUCCAAUACAGCAACAACGCACAAACACAUUUCAGCCUGGACACCUACAAAGACACAAAGAGUGUCCUGACCGCUGUGCAGAAAUUGAUUUAUAAAGGUGGCAGACCCAGAAAUACAGGGGCCGCCAUCGACUAUGUGAAAACAAUUGGAUUCGAUGAAUCCUCAGGGAGUCGUCACAAAGAAGGCAUCCCUCAGAUCAUGAUCUUACUGAGUGGCGGACGUUCCAACGAUGAUGUUUUAAGCGCUGCUACUGCGCUCAGGCAGAGUGGAAUUGUGGCAUUCGGUGUUGGUACAAUGGAGGCGGACAUACUGGAACUCCAGAUGAUCUCAAAUGUGCCCUCCUAUGCAUUCUCUUUCCGUGACUUUGAUGACACUGGGAGCCUGUACCAACAGCUAGUUUCAUUUCUGAAAAGAAUGCCGCAGCAACCAAGACAGCCGCCACCCGAGUCCUUGGGUAAGACUAUCUGUUCAUUUGAUUCUCUUUGUCUACAAUUAAUACAAGUCAGUAAUGAAGCUCUGACAUGUCUCACUCCAUCUGCAGAUCAAAAACACACCACUAAACACGACGUCGUGUUUUUGCUUGACUCCUCUGAUCGCAUGCAAAAUCAGCACCAGGCCAUGAUUGGGUUUGUCGAGAGGCUGGUGGAGAAGCUUAAUGUCCAUCAGGACAAUGAUCGAGUUUCAGUGGUGCAAUACAGCGAGGAACCCGCAAUAGAAUUUCUAUUGAACGCAUACAGAUCAAAGCAGAAUGUCCUCAACGCGCUGAGGAAUUUGCAGCACAGAGGUGGAAAACACCUGAAAACUGGGGAAGCGCUCAAGUACACCAGAGAGAAUGUUUUCACACCUUCCUCGGGAAGCAGGAUCCAAGAGGGUGUCCCCCAGAUUCUGGUUGUGCUAACUGGGGAAAGAUCCAGAGACGAUGUCAGAAAUUCUGCGCAAAACUUGCGAGAGAUGGGGGUUGAUGCAUAUGUGGUGGGGACAAAAACUGCAGAUGCAGUGGAAUUGCAGUCAAUAUCACGCAAGGCCAACCAGGCUUUUAUUGCUGCAGAUUUCAGUAAAACAGCACCAUUUGAAAACCAAAUACUCUCGUUGAUAAAACAAGGCCAAUCUUCCGGUGAAGCACUGGACACAGCAUCCUAUGUUACAGACAUCAGCGGCAGAGAUAUUGUUUUUUUGCUGGAUGGUGCAGAUGAUUCUGGACAAAGAUUCAAAGAUAUCAAAGACUUUGUGAAAAGAGUUGCCACAAAGCUGACCAUCACUGCAAAUAGAGAUCAUGUCGCUGUGGUACAAUACAGCAACACAGCACAUACUGAUUUUGGCUUAAGUCGCCACACAUCAAAAGAGGAGGUGCUGAAGGCAGUAGACCGUCUGAACCACAAGGGUGGCUCUCCUCAGAACAUUGGAGCUGCACUUCAAUAUGUGAAGAACAAUGUAUUUACCUCUGAGUCAGGAAGCAGAAUCCUCCAACGGGUGCCUCAAAUCCUCGUUGUCCUGAGUGGUGGCCGAUCUGGAGAUGACAUUAAGGUCCCCGUUAGGAUGCUUAAAGAUGUUGGUGUGGUUUUAAUAGCCAUUGGAACAACUGAUUCUGACACAUUAGAACUGCAGACAAUGUCUCACGAGCCGGAAUUCGCGUUGUCAGUCACGGAUUAUGGGGCGCUGUCAUCGAAAGAGGAGGAUGUGAUGUCAUUAGUACAAAAAGUGUCCUUAAAUGUUGAGCAAAAUUCUCCAUCCAACAAUUUUGACUUGCAGAAAAAAGAUGUAGUAUUUUUGAUUGAUGGAUCAUUUGACUCCAGAAGUGGCUUUGAAGCCAUUCGAGGCUUCCUGGAGAAAAUGGUUGAUAAUUUACUUCUCGACGAAAACAAAGACAGGGUGGCUGUUGUGCAAUACAGUCGUGAUGCCACUGUCAAUUUCUAUCUGAACUCCUACUCCUCCAAGAGUGAUGUGCUCGGUUCAAUCAGAACAAUGAGGCAUAAGAUGGGAAGGCCGCUGAACAUCGGGAAAGCACUGGAGUUUGUCAGAGACAACGUCUUUACCGCAACAGUUGGAGGCAGACGUGAAGGGUCAGUCCCUCAGUAUCUCUUUGUGUUCAGUGGUGGCAGAUCUGGGGAUGAUGUCAGAGGAGCGGCACAAUCGCUCAAAGAUCAAGGAAUCAAGGCAUUCACUAUUGGAACAAAGAAUGCAGAUACGCUGGAAAUGCAAACUAUCUCUUUCACUCCAGCAAGGCACUUCUAUGUCCCAAACUUCAAUGAUCUGCAAAGCCUACAACCAUCAGUGGAAGCUAUGCUGGGGAGUGCUGAGGAAACUAUAGAUUUUAUACCAACUAUCGAUCCAACAACAGUGACCGUCUUUGAUGUCAAAGUGGCUGAUAUUGUGUUUUUACUUGACGCAUCUGAUGAUAUGCAAGAGAAGGAAGGAAGAAUUUUAAAUUUUAUCAAAGAGUUUGUAAAGCAAAUUGAAAUUGGGAACAACAAAGCGCAAGUUGCUUUGAUCCAAUACAGCACGGACAUAUCUGCUGAUUUCCUGCUGAACACAUACACAUUGAAGGAGGAUAUGUUAAGUCACCUCAGCAACGUGCACAUGAAAGGAGGCCCAGGACCUUAUACAGGUGGAGCACUUGAUUAUGUGCACGACAAUGUGUUUACCCCUUCAUCCGGGAGCAGAGCCUUGCAAGGAGCUCCUCAGAUUCUGAUUGUAUUGAGUGGCAAACAGUCACGAGACACAGUCUCAGGGUCACUGGAACGUCUAAGAAAAUCUGGAAUUGUAGUUUACAGUGUUGGAAUAAAUGAUGCGGACAGACUGGAGGUGGCUGAAUUAGCUCACAGUCCUGACACCGAAUAUCAUAUCCAGGAGACAUCCGAUUUCUCUCUUGUAAGACAGAAGUUGCUCUCUGAUAUUUCUUCCCGGAGAUGGUCUGUUGACCCUGUCGUAGGUUCAGGGCUCAAAGAGAAAAGAGAUAUUGUUUUUCUUGUCGACGGAUCUGAUGAUGUGAGAAGGAAGUUCAGCGCUGUAAAAGCCUUUGUUGCAAAAUUGGUUGAAAGCCUCGACACAGACCAAGGAAAUGACCAAGUAGCUGUUGUGCAAUACAGCAAUGAGCCUGAACUUAAUUUCAAUCUAAAUGCCUAUAAAAAGAAACAAGAAAUAAUCCAUCAUAUUUCAAACCUGAAACCAAAAGGCGGACGACCUCAAUAUAUAGGAGCAGCCCUACAGUUUGUGAAAGACAGGGUCUUGGUUUCCAGCGCUGGGGGUCGACAACACCAAGAGGUGAAGCAGAUACUGGUCCUAUUGGCUGGUGGGAGAUCAAGGGACUCCCCACGAGGCCCCGCAAACAUGCUGAAGUCGUCUGGGGUACAGACAUUUGUUAUUGGAACAAGAAUGUCCAAUUCAGCUGAGAUGCAGUUGAUUUCCAAUGACCCCAACAAUGUUUACCCAGUUCCGGACUUUGCAAAUCUGCAUCAAAUAGAAGAGAGUUUGAUUGGUAAACUAAGGCCAAAGAGAGUCCUGGAAAAACCCAACACAGUUGAAAGACCCACAACAGGAAAAGACAUUGUCUUCUUGUUGGAUGGCUCAGACGGUACAAAAGGAAGCUUCCCUGCACUGCAAACGUUUGUUCGAAAAAUGGUAGAGACACUCAGUAUAGACGACAGCAGUGACCGUGUGUCAGUUGUUCAGUACAGCAAAGAGCCAACAGUUGAAUUCCUUCUGAACACUUAUUCCACAAAAAGGGAGAUCCUUGAUCGCAUGGAGGGAUUGAGACACAGAGGAGGAAGACCCCUCAACACUGGCACUGCUCUCCAAUACCUGAGGGAGAAUGUCUUCACAACCCCUGCUGGAAGCAGGCGCCUGGAAGGGGUCGCACAGGUCCUCGUAAUACUGACUGACGGAAGAUCAUCAGACAGUGUCAAUGCAUCUGCAGCAGCUCUGAAAGACCUGGGGGUCUUAACGUUUGCAAUCGGAGCAAUGAACUCUGACUUUAAAGAACUACAAUAUAUAUCAUAUGAUCCAAGUUAUGCAAUAUCUCUGCCUGAAUUUAACGAACUUCAAAGUGUACAAGAGAAAAUUCAAUCCAAAAUAGAAGCCCUAAUUGUGGACGAGAGCCCUGAAACAACAUCUUCAACAGCUGAUAUUCAAGGAAGGGACAUUGUUUUCCUUUUGGAUGGUUCUGAUGAAGCAAGGAAUGGCUUCCCUGCCAUGCAAAAUUUUGUCGAGAGAAUGGUUGAGAAACUUCAAGUUGGAGAGAAUGAGGACCGGGUCUCCGUGGUCCAAUACAGCAGAGAUGCGCAGGUGCAUUUCUACCUGAACACAUUCUCCACAACAGAGGAUGUUGCAGAUUCUGUGAGGGCACUGAGACACAAAGGAGGCAGAUCCCUGAACACUGGUGCCGCUUUGCAAUUUGUCAAGGACAAUGUGUUCACAGAAUCCUCUGGAAGUAGACAACUGCGAGGGGUUCCACAGAUUCUGAUCCUAGUAAAUGGUGGACGUUCAUCUGACAAUGUGGAUACUCCAGCCUCAAAUCUGAGACAACAGGGCAUUUAUGUGAUUGGCAUUGGGACACAGAGGUCUGACAGCAGAGAGUUGGAGAAAGUGUCAUUUGAUCCAAGAUACGCUCUGUCAGUUGCCGACUUUGCUGACCUCCCAAACAUACAAGAGCAACUCUCUUCAGUAAUAAGCACAAUGCCAAUGGAAGCAGCACCAGCUAAACCAACAGAAACCGUCGACAAAAGGUUCACCGGAAGGGAUGUUGUCUUCUUGCUGGAUGGCUCAGACAAUACUCGCGGCAGAUUCCCUGCCAUGCGAGACUUUGUUCAAAGAGUCGUAGAGACCCUCAGAGUCGAUGACAAAAAGGACCGUGUGUCCGUAGUUCAGUACAGCAGAGAGCCGACUGUAAAUUUCUAUCUGAACACGUACACAUCAAAAGGUGACAUCCUCAACACGGUCAGAAGUCUGAGCCACAAAGGCGGAAAACCACUGAACACUGGAGUCGCUCUGCAGUACCUAAAGGACUCUGUCUUUGUACCCUCUGCUGGGAGCAGACGCCUUGAAGGGGUCGCACAGGUUCUUGUACUCCUGAGUGGUGGAAGGUCUUCUGACAAUGUGGAAGCACCAGCCUUUGCUCUGAAAGAGCUUGGUGUCAAGACCUUUGCCAUUGGAAGCAGGAACGCUGAUACUGAGGAAAUUCGAAAGAUGUCCUCUGAUCCCAGUACUGCUUUAAUUGUAUCCGACUUCAAUGAACUGCCUCGGGUACAACAGCAACUCCAGUCCUCACUCGAGGCUUCAACUGAUGCCGUGACCCCAAAACCACCCGCUGAUAUUCAAGGAAGGGACAUUGUUUUCCUCUUGGACGGUUCUGAUGAAGCAAGGAAUGGCUUCCCUGCCAUGCAAAAUUUUGUUGAGAGAAUGGUUGAGAAACUUCAAGUUGGAGAGAAUGAGGACCGGGUCUCCGUGGUCCAAUACAGCAGAGAUGCACAGGUGCAUUUCUACCUGAACACAUUCUCCACAACAGAGGAUGUUGCAGAUUCUGUGAGGGCACUGAGACACAAAGGAGGCAGAUCCCUGAACACUGGUGCCGCUUUGCAAUUUGUCAAGGACAAUGUGUUCACAGAAUCCUCUGGAAGUAGACAACUGCGAGGGGUUCCACAGAUUCUGAUCCUAGUAAAUGGUGGACGUUCAUCUGACAAUGUGGAUACUCCAGCCUCAAAUCUGAGACAACAGGGCAUUUAUGUGAUUGGCAUUGGGACACAGAGGUCUGACAGCAGAGAGUUGGAGAAAGUGUCAUUUGAUCCAAGAUACGCUCUGUCAGUUGCCGACUUUGCUGACCUCCCAAACAUACAAGAGCAACUUUCUUCAGUAAUAAGCACAAUGCCAAUGGAAGCAGCACCAGCUAAACCAACAGAAACCGUCGACAAAAGGUUCACCGGAAGGGAUGUUGUCUUCUUGCUGGAUGGCUCAGACAAUACUCGCGGCAGAUUCCCUGCCAUGCGAGACUUUGUUCAAAGAGUCGUAGAGACCCUCAGAGUCGAUGACAAAAAGGACCGUGUGUCCGUAGUUCAGUACAGCAGAGAGCCGACUGUAAAUUUCUAUCUGAACACGUACACAUCAAAAGGUGACAUCCUCAACACGGUCAGAAGUCUGAGCCACAAAGGCGGAAAACCACUGAACACUGGAGCCGCUCUGCAGUACCUAAAGGACUCUGUCUUUGUACCCUCUGCUGGGAGCAGACGCCUUGAAGGGGUCGCACAGGUUCUUGUACUCCUGAGUGGUGGAAGGUCUUCUGACAAUGUGGAAGCACCAGCCUUUGCUCUGAAAGAGCUUGGUGUCAAGACCUUUGCCAUUGGAAGCAGGAACGCUGAUACUGAGGAAAUUCGAAAGAUGUCCUCUGAUCCCAGUACUGCUUUAAUUGUAUCCGACUUCAAUGAACUGCCUCGGGUACAACAGCAACUCCAGUCCUCACUCGAGGCUUCAACUGAUGGCGUGACCGCAACACCACCCGUCCCACCCGCUGAUAUUCAAGGAAGGGACAUUGUUUUCCUUUUGGAUGGUUCUGAUGAAGCAAGGAAUGGCUUCCCUGCCAUGCAAAAUUUUGUCGAGAGAAUGGUUAAGAAACUUCAAGUUGGAGAGAAUGAGGACCGGGUCUCCGUGGUCCAAUACAGCAGAGAUGCACAGGUGCAUUUCUACCUGAACACAUUCUCCACAACAGAGGAUGUUGCAGAUUCUGUGAGGGCACUGAGACACAAAGGAGGCAGAUCCCUGAACACUGGUGCCGCUUUGCAAUUUGUCAAGGACAAUGUGUUCACAGAAUCCUCAGGAAGUAGACAACGGCGAGGGGUUCCACAAAUUCUGAUCCUAGUAAAUGGUGGACGUUCAUCUGACAAUGUGGAUACUCCAGCCUCAAAUCUGAAACAACAGGGCAUUUAUGUGAUUGGCAUUGGGACACAGAGGUCUGACAGCAGAGAGUUGGAGAAAGUGUCAUUUGAUCCAAGAUACGCUCUGUCAGUUGCCGACUUCGCUGACCUCCCAAACAUACAAGAGCAACUCUCUUCAGUAAUAAGCACAAUGCCAAUGGAAGCAGCACCAGCUAAACCAACAGAAACCGUCGACAAAAGGUUCACCGGAAGGGAUGUUGUCUUCUUGCUGGAUGGCUCAGACAAUACUCGCGGCAGAUUCCCUGCCAUGCGAGACUUUGUUCAAAGAGUCGUAGAGACCCUCAGAGUCGAUGACAAAAAGGACCGUGUGUCCGUAGUUCAGUACAGCAGAGAGCCGACUGUAAAUUUCUAUCUGAACACGUACACAUCAAAAGGUGACAUCCUCAACACGGUCAGAAGUCUGAGCCACAAAGGCGGAAAACCACUGAACACUGGAGCCGCUCUGCAGUACCUAAAGGACUCUGUCUUUGUACCCUCUGCUGGGAGCAGACGCCUUGAAGGGGUCGCACAGGUUCUUGUACUCCUGAGUGGUGGAAGGUCUUCUGACAAUGUGGAAGCACCAGCCUUUGCUCUGAAAGAGCUUGGUGUCAAGACCUUUGCCAUUGGAAGCAGGAACGCUGAUACUGAGGAAAUUCGAAAGAUGUCCUCUGAUCCCAGUACUGCUUUAAUUGUAUCCGACUUCAAUGAACUGCCUCGGGUACAACAGCAACUCCAGUCCUCACUCGAGGCUUCAACUGAUGCCGUGACCCCAAAACCACCCGCUGAUAUUCAAGGAAGGGACAUUGUUUUCCUCUUGGACGGUUCUGAUGAAGCAAGGAAUGGCUUCCCUGCCAUGCAAAAUUUUGUUGAGAGAAUGGUUGAGAAACUUCAAGUUGGAGAGAAUGAGGACCGGGUCUCCGUGGUCCAAUACAGCAGAGAUGCACAGGUGCAUUUCUACCUGAACACAUUCUCCACAACAGAGGAUGUUGCAGAUUCUGUGAGGGCACUGAGACACAAAGGAGGCAGAUCCCUGAACACUGGUGCCGCUUUGCAAUUUGUCAAGGACAAUGUAUUCACAGAAUCCUCUGGAAGUAGACAACUGCGAGGGGUUCCACAGAUUCUGAUCCUAGUAAAUGGUGGACGUUCAUCUGACAAUGUGGAUACUCCAGCCUCAAAUCUGAGACAACAGGGCAUUUAUGUGAUUGGCAUUGGGACACAGAGGUCUGACAGCAGAGAGUUGGAGAAAGUGUCAUUUGAUCCAAGAUACGCUCUGUCAGUUGCCGACUUUGCUGACCUCCCAAACAUACAAGAGCAACUUUCUUCAGUAAUAAGCACAAUGCCAAUGGAAGCAGCACCAGCUAAACCAACAGAAACCGUCGACAAAAGGUUCACCGGAAGGGAUGUUGUCUUCUUGCUGGAUGGCUCAGACAAUACUCGCGGCAGAUUCCCUGCCAUGCGAGACUUUGUUCAAAGAGUCGUAGAGACCCUCAGAGUCGAUGACAAAAAGGACCGUGUGUCCGUAGUUCAGUACAGCAGAGAGCCGACUGUAAAUUUCUAUCUGAACACGUACACAUCAAAAGGUGACAUCCUCAACACGGUCAGAAGUCUGAGCCACAAAGGCGGAAAACCACUGAACACUGGAGCCGCUCUGCAGUACCUAAAGGACUCUGUCUUUGUACCCUCUGCUGGGAGCAGACGCCUUGAAGGGGUCGCACAGGUUCUUGUACUCCUGAGUGGUGGAAGGUCUUCUGACAAUGUGGAAGCACCAGCCUUUGCUCUGAAAGAGCUUGGUGUCAAGACCUUUGCCAUUGGAAGCAGGAACGCUGAUACUGAGGAAAUUCGAAAGAUGUCCUCUGAUCCCAGUACUGCUUUAAUUGUAUCCGACUUCAAUGAACUGCCUCGGGUACAACAGCAACUCCAGUCCUCACUCGAGGCUUCAACUGAUGCCGUGACCCCAAAACCACCCGCUGAUAUUCAAGGAAGGGACAUUGUUUUCCUUUUGGAUGGUUCUGAUGAAGCAAGGAAUGGCUUCCCUGCCAUGCAAAAUUUUGUUGAGAGAAUGGUUGAGAAACUUCAAGUUGGAGAGAAUGAGGACCGUGUCUCCGUGGUCCAAUACAGCAGAGAUACGCAGGUGCAUUUCUACCUGAACACAUUCUCCACAACAGAGGAUGUUGCAGAUUCUGUGAGGGCACUGAGACACAAAGGAGGCAGAUCCCUGAACACUGGUGCCGCUUUGCAAUUUGUCAAGGACAAUGUGUUCACAGAAUCCUCUGGAAGUAGACAACGGCGAGGGGUUCCACAGAUUCUGAUUCUAGUAAAUGGUGGACGUUCAUCUGACAAUGUGGAUACUCCAGCCUCAAAUCUGAAACAACAGGGCAUUUAUGUGAUUGGCAUUGGGACACAGAGGUCUGACAGCAGAGAGUUGGAGAAAGUGUCAUUUGAUCCAAGAUACGCUCUGUCAGUUGCCGACUUUGCUGACCUCCCAAACAUACAAGAGCAACUCUCUUCAGUAAUAAGCACAAUGCCAAUGGAAGCAGCACCAGCUAAACCAACAGAAACCGUCGACAAAAGGUUCACCGGAAGGGAUGUUGUCUUCUUGCUGGAUGGCUCAGACAAUACUCGCGGCAGAUUCCCUGCCAUGCGAGACUUUGUUCAAAGAGUCGUAGAGACCCUCAGAGUUGAUGACAAAAAGGACCGCGUGUCCGUGGUUCAGUACAGCAGAGAGCCGACUGUAAAUUUCUAUCUGAACACGUACACAUCAAAAGGUGACAUCCUCAACACGGUCAGAAGUCUGAGCCACAAAGGCGGAAAACCACUGAACACUGGAGCCGCUCUGCAGUACCUAAAGGACUCUGUCUUUGUACCCUCUGCUGGGAGCAGACGCCUUGAAGGGGUCGCACAGGUUCUUGUACUCCUGAGUGGUGGAAGGUCUUCUGACAAUGUGGAAGCACCAGCCUUUGCUCUGAAAGAGCUUGGUGUCAAGACCUUUGCCAUUGGAAGCAGGAACGCUGAUACUGAGGAAAUUCGAAAGAUAUCCUCUGAUCCCAGUACUGCUUUAAUUGUAUCCGACUUCAAUGAACUGCCUCGGGUACAACAGCAACUCCAGUCCUCACUCGAGGCUUCAACUGAUGCCGUGACCCCAAAACCACCCGCUGAUAUUCAAGGAAGGGACAUUGUUUUCCUUUUGGAUGGUUCUGAUGAAGCAAGGAAUGGCUUCCCUGCCAUGCAAAAUUUUGUUGAGAGAAUGGUUGAGAAACUUCAAGUUGGAGAGAAUGAGGACCGGGUCUCCGUGGUCCAAUACAGCAGAGAUACGCAGGUGCAUUUCUACCUGAACACAUUCUCCACAACAGAGGAUGUUGCAGAUUCUGUGAGGGCACUGAGACACAAAGGAGGCAGAUCCCUGAACACUGGUGCCGCUUUGCAAUUUGUCAAGGACAAUGUAUUCACAGAAUCCUCUGGAAGUAGACAACUGCAAGGGGUUCCACAGAUUCUGAUCCUUGUAAAUGGUGGACGUUCAUCUGACAAUGUGGAUACUCCAGCCUCAAAUCUGAAACAACAGGGCAUUUAUGUGAUUGGCAUUGGGACACAGAGGUCUGACAGCAGAGAGUUGGAGAAAGUGUCAUUUGAUCCAAGAUACGCUCUGUCAGUUGCCAACUUUGCUGACCUCCCAAACAUACAAGAGCAACUCUCUUCAGUAAUAAGCACAAUGCCAAUGGAAGCAGCACCAGCUAAACCAACAGAAACCGUCGACAAAAGGUUCACCAGAAGGGAUGUUGUCUUCUUGCUGGAUGGCUCAGACAAUACUCGCGGCAGAUUCCCUGCCAUGCGAGACUUUGUUCAAAGAGUCGUAGAGACCCUCAGAGUUGAUGACAAAAAGGACCGCGUGUCCGUGGUUCAGUACAGCAGAGAGCCGACUGUAAAUUUCUAUCUGAACACGUACACAUCAAAAGGUGACAUCCUCAACACGGUCAGAAGUCUGAGCCACAAAGGCGGAAAACCACUGAACACUGGAGCCGCUCUGCAGUACCUAAAGGACUCUGUCUUUGUACCCUCUGCUGGGAGCAGACGCCUUGAAGGGGUCGCACAGGUUCUUGUACUCCUGAGUGGUGGAAGGUCUUCUGACAAUGUGGAAGCACCAGCCUUUGCUCUGAAAGAGCUUGGUGUCAAGACCUUUGCCAUUGGAAGCAGGAACGCUGAUACUGAGGAAAUUCGAAAGAUAUCCUCUGAUCCCAGUACUGCUUUAAUUGUAUCCGACUUCAAUGAACUGCCUCGGGUACAACAGCAACUCCAGUCCUCACUCGAGGCUUCAACUGAUGCCGUGACCCCAAAACCACCCGCUGAUAUUCAAGGAAGGGACAUUGUUUUCCUUUUGGAUGGUUCUGAUGAAGCAAGGAAUGGCUUCCCUGCCAUGCAAAAUUUUGUUGAGAGAAUGGUUGAGAAACUUCAAGUUGGAGAGAAUGAGGACCGGGUCUCCGUGGUCCAAUACAGCAGAGAUACGCAGGUGCAUUUCUACCUGAACACAUUCUCCACAACAGAGGAUGUUGCAGAUUCUGUGAGGGCACUGAGACACAAAGGAGGCAGAUCCCUGAACACUGGUGCCGCUUUGCAAUUUGUCAAGGACAAUGUAUUCACAGAAUCCUCUGGAAGUAGACAACUGCAAGGGGUUCCACAGAUUCUGAUCCUUGUAAAUGGUGGACGUUCAUCUGACAAUGUGGAUACUCCAGCCUCAAAUCUGAAACAACAGGGCAUUUAUGUGAUUGGCAUUGGGACACAGAGGUCUGACAGCAGAGAGUUGGAGAAAGUGUCAUUUGAUCCAAGAUACGCUCUGUCAGUUGCCGACUUUGCUGACCUCCCAAACAUACAAGAGCAACUCUCUUCAGUAAUAAGCACAAUGCCAAUGGAAGCAGCACCAGCUAAACCAACAGAAUCCGUCGACAAAAGGUUCACCGGAAGGGAUGUUGUCUUCUUGCUGGAUGGCUCAGACAAUACUCGCGGCAGAUUCCCUGCCAUGCGAGACUUUGUUCAAAGAGUCGUAGAGACCCUCAGAGUCGAUGACAAAAAGGACCGUGUGUCCGUAGUUCAGUACAGCAGAGAGCCGACUGUAAAUUUCUAUCUGAACACGUACACAUCAAAAGGUGACAUCCUCAACACGGUCAGAAGUCUGAGCCACAAAGGCGGAAAACCACUGAACACUGGAGCCGCUCUGCAGUACCUAAAGGACUCUGUCUUUGUACCCUCUGCUGGAAGCAGACGCCUUGAAGGGGUCGCACAGGUUCUUGUACUCCUGAGUGGUGGAAGGUCUUCUGACAAUGUGGAAGCACCAGCCUUUGCUCUGAAAGAGCUUGGUGUCAAGACCUUUGCCAUUGGAAGCAGGAACGCUGAUACUGAGGAAAUUCGAAAGAUGUCCUCUGAUCCCAGUACUGCUUUAAUUGUAUCAGACUUCAAUGAACUGCCUCGGGUACAACAGCAACUCCAGUCCUCACUCGAGGCUUCAACUGAUGCCGUGACCCCAAAACCACCCGCUGAUAUUCAAGGAAGGGACAUUGUUUUCCUUUUGGAUGGUUCUGAUGAAGCAAGGAAUGGCUUCCCUGCCAUGCAAAAUUUUGUUGAGAGAAUGGUUGAGAAACUUCAAGUUGGAGAGAAUGAGGACCGGGUCUCCGUGGUCCAAUACAGCAGAGAUACGCAGGUGCAUUUCUACCUGAACACAUUCUCCACAACAGAGGAUGUUGCAGAUUCUGUGAGGGCACUGAGACACAAAGGAGGCAGAUCCCUGAACACUGGUGCUGCUUUGCAAUUUGUCAAGGACAAUGUAUUCACAGAAUCCUCUGGAAGUAGACAACUGCAAGGGGUUCCACAGAUUCUGAUCCUAGUAAAUGGUGGACGUUCAUCUGACAAUGUGGAUACUCCAGCCUCAAAUCUGAGACAACAGGGCAUUUAUGUGAUUGGCAUUGGGACACAGAGGUCUGACAGCAGAGAGUUGGAGAAAGUGUCAUUUGAUCCAAGAUACGCUCUGUCAGUUGCCGACUUUGCUGACCUCCCAAACAUACAAGAGCAACUCUCUUCAGUAAUAAGCACAAUGCCAAUGGAAGCAGCACCAGCUAAACCAACAGAAUCCGUCGACAAAAGGUUCACCGGAAGGGAUGUUGUCUUCUUGCUGGAUGGCUCAGACAAUACUCGCGGCAGAUUCCCUGCCAUGCGAGACUUUGUUCAAAGAGUCGUAGAGACCCUCAGAGUCGAUGACAAAAAGGACCGUGUGUCCGUAGUUCAGUACAGCAGAGAGCCGACUGUAAAUUUCUAUCUGAACACGUACACAUCAAAAGGUGACAUCCUCAACACGGUCAGAAGUCUGAGCCACAAAGGCGGAAAACCACUGAACACUGGAGCCGCUCUGCAGUACCUAAAGGACUCUGUCUUUGUACCCUCUGCUGGGAGCAGACGCCUUGAAGGGGUCGCACAGGUUCUUGUACUCCUGAGUGGUGGAAGGUCUUCUGACAAUGUGGAAGCACCAGCCUUUGCUCUGAAAGAGCUUGGUGUCAAGACCUUUGCCAUUGGAAGCAGGAACGCUGAUACUGAGGAAAUUCGAAAGAUGUCCUCUGAUCCCAGUACUGCUUUAAUUGUAUCCGACUUCAAUGAACUGCCUCGGGUACAACAGCAACUCCAGUCCUCACUCGAGGCUUCAACUGAUGCCGUGACCCCAAAACCACCCGCUGAUAUUCAAGGAAGGGACAUUGUUUUCCUUUUGGAUGGUUCUGAUGAAGCAAGGAAUGGCUUCCCUGCCAUGCAAAAUUUUGUCGAGAGAAUGGUUGAGAAACUUCAAGUUGGAGAGAAUGAGGACCGGGUCUCCGUGGUCCAAUACAGCAGAGAUGCGCAGGUGCAUUUCUACCUGAACACAUUCUCCACAACAGAGGAUGUUGCAGAUUCUGUGAGGGCACAGAGACACAAAGGAGGCAGAUCCCUGAACACUGGUGCCGCUUUGCAAUUUGUCAAGGACAAUGUAUUCACAGAAUCCUCUGGAAGUAGACAACUGCAAGGGGUUCCACAGAUUCUGAUCCUAGUAAAUGGUGGACGUUCAUCUGACAAUGUGGAUACUCCAGCCUCAAAUCUGAGACAACAGGGCAUUUAUGUGAUUGGCAUUGGGACACAGAGGUCUGACAGCAGAGAGUUGGAGAAAGUGUCAUUUGAUCCAAGAUACGCUCUGUCAGUUGCCGACUUUGCUGACCUCCCAAACAUACAAGAGCAACUCUCUUCAGUAAUAAGCACAAUGCCAAUGGAAGCAGCACCAGCUAAACCAACAGAAUCCGUCGACAAAAGGUUCACCGGAAGGGAUGUUGUCUUCUUGCUGGAUGGCUCAGACAAUACUCGCGGCAGAUUCCCUGCCAUGCGAGACUUUGUUCAAAGAGUCGUAGAGACCCUCAGAGUCGAUGACAAAAAGGACCGUGUGUCCGUAGUUCAGUACAGCAGAGAGCCGACUGUAAAUUUCUAUCUGAACACGUACACAUCAAAAGGUGACAUCCUCAACACGGUCAGAAGUCUGAGCCACAAAGGCGGAAAACCACUGAACACUGGAGCCGCUCUGCAGUACCUAAAGGACUCUGUCUUUGUACCCUCUGCUGGGAGCAGACGCCUUGAAGGGGUCGCACAGGUUCUUGUACUCCUGAGUGGUGGAAGGUCUUCUGACAAUGUGGAAGCACCAGCCUUUGCUCUGAAAGAGCUUGGUGUCAAGACCUUUGCCAUUGGAAGCAGGAACGCUGAUACUGAGGAAAUUCGAAAGAUGUCCUCUGAUCCCAGUACUGCUUUAAUUGUAUCCGACUUCAAUGAACUGCCUCGGGUACAACAGCAACUCCAGUCCUCACUCGAGGCUUCAACUGAUGCCGUGACCCCAAAACCACCCGCUGAUAUUCAAGGAAGGGACAUUGUUUUCCUUUUGGAUGGUUCUGAUGAAGCAAGGAAUGGCUUCCCUGCCAUGCAAAAUUUUGUCGAGAGAAUGGUUGAGAAACUUCAAGUUGGAGAGAAUGAGGACCGGGUCUCCGUGGUCCAAUACAGCAGAGAUGCGCAGGUGCAUUUCUACCUGAACACAUUCUCCACAACAGAGGAUGUUGCAGAUUCUGUGAGGGCACAGAGACACAAAGGAGGCAGAUCCCUGAACACUGGUGCCGCUUUGCAAUUUGUCAAGGACAAUGUAUUCACAGAAUCCUCUGGAAGUAGACAACUGCAAGGGGUUCCACAGAUUCUGAUCCUAGUAAAUGGUGGACGUUCAUCUGACAAUGUGGAUACUCCAGCCUCAAAUCUGAGACAACAGGGCAUUUAUGUGAUUGGCAUUGGGACACAGAGGUCUGACAGCAGAGAGUUGGAGAAAGUGUCAUUUGAUCCAAGAUACGCUCUGUCAGUUGCCGACUUUGCUGACCUCCCAAACAUACAAGAGCAACUCUCUUCAGUAAUAAGCACAAUGCCAAUGGAAGCAGCACCAGCUAAACCAACAGAAUCCGUCGACAAAAGGUUCACCGGAAGGGAUGUUGUCUUCUUGCUGGAUGGCUCAGACAAUACUCGCGGCAGAUUCCCUGCCAUGCGAGACUUUGUUCAAAGAGUCGUAGAGACCCUCAGAGUCGAUGACAAAAAGGACCGUGUGUCCGUAGUUCAGUACAGCAGAGAGCCGACUGUAAAUUUCUAUCUGAACACGUACACAUCAAAAGGUGACAUCCUCAACACGGUCAGAAGUCUGAGCCACAAAGGCGGAAAACCAUUGAACACUGGAGCCGCUCUGCAGUACCUAAAGGACUCUGUCUUUGUACCCUCUGCUGGAAGCAGACGCCUUGAAGGGGUCGCACAGGUUCUUGUACUCCUGAGUGGUGGAAGGUCUUCUGACAAUGUGGAAGCACCAGCCUUUGCUCUGAAAGAGCUUGGUGUCAAGACCUUUGCCAUUGGAAGCAGGAACGCUGAUACUGAGGAAAUUCGAAAGAUGUCCUCUGAUCCCAGUACUGCUUUAAUUGUAUCCGACUUCAAUGAACUGCCUCGGGUACAACAGCAACUCCAGUCCUCACUCGAGGCUUCAACUGAUGAUGUGACCCCAAAACCACCCGCUGAUAUUCAAGGAAGGGACAUUGUUUUCCUUUUGGACGGUUCUGAUGAAGCAAGGAAUGGCUUCCCUGCCAUGCAAAUUUUUGUCGAGAGAAUGGUUGAGAAACUUCAAGUUGGAGAGAAUGAGGACCGGGUCUCCGUGGUCCAAUACAGCAGAGAUGCGCAGGUGCAUUUCUACCUGAACACAUUCUCCACAACAGAGGAUGUUGCAGAUUCUGUGAGGGCACUGAGACACAAAGGAGGCAGAUCCCUGAACACUGGUGCCGCUUUGCAAUUUGUCAAGGACAAUGUGUUCACAGAAUCCUCUGGAAGUAGACAACGGCGAGGGGUUCCACAGAUUCUGAUCCUAGUAAAUGGUGGACGUUCAUCUGACAAUGUGGAUACUCCAGCCUCAAAUCUGAGACAACAGGGCAUUUAUGUGAUUGGCAUUGGGACACAGAGGUCUGACAGCAGAGAGUUGGAGAAAGUGUCAUUUGAUCCAAGAUACGCUCUGUCAGUUGCCGACUUUGCUGACCUCCCAAACAUACAAGAGCAACUCUCUUCAGUAAUAAGCACAAUGCCAAUGGAAGCAGCACCAGCUAAACCAACAGAAACCGUCGACAAAAGGUUCACCGGAAGGGAUGUUGUCUUCUUGCUGGAUGGCUCAGACAAUACGCGCGGCAGAUUCCCUGCCAUGCGAGACUUUGUUCAAAGAGUCGUAGAGACCCUCAGAGUUGAUGACAAAAAGGACCGCGUGUCCGUGGUUCAGUACAGCAGAGAGCCGACUGUAAAUUUCUAUCUGAACACGUACACAUCAAAAGGUGACAUCCUCAACACGGUCAGAAGUCUGAGCCACAAAGGCGGAAAACCACUGAACACUGGAGCCGCUCUGCAGUACCUAAAGGACUCUGUCUUUGUACCCUCUGCUGGGAGCAGACGCCUUGAAGGGGUCGCACAGGUUCUUGUACUCCUGAGUGGUGGAAGGUCUUCUGACAAUGUGGAAGCACCAGCCUUUGCUCUGAAAGAGCUUGGUGUCAAGACCUUUGCCAUUGGAAGCAGGAACGCUGAUACUGAGGAAAUUCGAAAGAUGUCCUCUGAUCCCAGUACUGCUUUAAUUGUAUCCGACUUCAAUGAACUGCCUCGGGUACAACAGCAACUCCAGUCCUCACUCGAGGCUUCAACUGAUGCCGUGACCCCAAAACCACCCGCUGAUAUUCAAGGAAGGGACAUUGUUUUCCUUUUGGAUGGUUCUGAUGAAGCAAGGAAUGGCUUCCCGGCCAUGCAAAAUUUUGUUGAGAGAAUGGUUGAGAAACUUCAAGUUGGAGAGAAUGAGGACCGGGUCUCCGUGGUCCAAUACAGCAGAGAUGCGCAGGUGUAUUUCUACCUGAACACAUUCUCCACAACAGAGGAUGUUGCAGAUUCUGUGAGGGCACUGAGACACAAAGGAGGCAGAUCCCUGAACACUGGUGCCGCUUUGCAAUUUGUCAAGGACAAUGUAUUCACAGAAUCCUCUGGAAGUAGACAACUGCGAGGGGUUCCACAGAUUCUGAUCCUAGUAAAUGGUAGACGUUCAUCUGACAAUGUGGAUACUCCAGCCUCAAAUCUGAGACAACAGGGCAUUUAUGUGAUUGGCAUUGGGACACAGAGGUCAAACAGCAGAGAGUUGGAGAAAGUGUCAUUUGAUCCAAGAUACGCUCUGUCAGUUGCCGACUUUGCUGACCUCCCAAACAUACAAGAGCAACUCUCUUCAGUAAUAAGCACAAUGCCAAUGGAAGCAGCUCCAAUCACUCCACGUGUACCUGUUGAGAACCAGGGUCCACGGAGGGACGUUGUUUUCCUCGUCGAUGGCUCGGACGGUGUUGGACGGGAGUUCCCCAUCAUCAGGGAGUUCAUCUACAAGGUUGUGGAGAAUUUGAAUGUCGGCGAAAAUAAAAUACGCAUUGGUGUGGUCCAGUACGGUGACUCGCCCAACCCAGACAUGUACCUCAACGCUCAAACAACCAAAGAAGGAACUUUGUCGGCCAUUCAGGGUCUAAAACAGCGAGGAGGAAGACGGCGUAACCUGGGUCAAGCCUUACAGUUUGUCAAUCAGAAUGUUUUCACUGCAGCAAGAGGCAGCAGGAAGCAAGAAGGUGUCCCACAGUUUUUAAUAGUCGUCUCCAGUGGGUCUUCAUCAGACGACAUUCGCCAGGCUGCUUCUUCCCUCAAGCGAUCUCGAAUCCUUCCAUUCAGCAUUGGAACCAGGGAGAUUGACCCCAGGGAACUGCAGGUGGUGUCAUAUGUGCCUAACUUCGCUUAUAGGGUGGAUGACCUUCCAGGCCUCUACACCAUCCAAGACAAUCUCAUCAACACUGUUACGACGCUGUCUGAUGAUGACAUCAGCCGCUUGCGUCCGGAGUACCCGGACUAUGAGGUUGUCAUCACCACCGUCUCAGGUGGAGAGAAGAGAGACGUCGUAUUUUUGAUCGAUGGCUCCACCGCAACACGCAGUGAAUUUCCCGCUAUUCGUGAAAUGAUCAAGAGAGUAGUGGAGAAGUUAGAUGUUGGUGUGGACACCGUCAGAAUUUCAGUUGUUCAGUACAGCGAUGACACAAAGGUGGAGUUUCGCCUGAAUGAUCUGUCCACAAAAGAGGAGGUACGCCAGGCUGUUGAAAGGCUGAGAAGCAUGGGCGGGCGCCGUCUUAACACAGGAUACGCCCUCGAGUGGGUCUCCAAAAACAUCUACCAGAGGUCAGCAGGAAGCCGCAUCGAAGAAGGUGUUCCUCAGUUCCUUAUUUUAGUCACGGGAGGAAGGUCCGCAGAUGACGUUUCCAGCCCAGCCGAUCAACUCAAGAAAAGCAAUGUUGCCCCACUUGCCAUUGGCUCAAGAAACGCAGACGCUGAUGAGCUGAGAAAGAUCUCCUUGAAGCCUGAACUUGCUUACACAGUAGAGAAUUUCCAGCAGCUUCCACGAGUGGAACAAAAGCUGCUCGAUUCAGUCAAAACCAUCACCACUGCUGACAUCAUUGGCAGCUAUGUUCCAGUAACCACUGUGGAUGUUGCAGUCCAGAAUCUUGGGAGAAAGGACAUCAUAUUCCUCAUUGAUGGUUCUGACACAACUGGCACCGCAGGUCUCGCUCACAUCCGAGACUUCAUCCUCAACGUGAUCGCACAAUUGGACGUGCAGCCAGAUCAGGUCCGUGUGGCUCUGGUGCAGUACUCUGACCGGGUCAAAACAGAGUUCUCCCUCAAUACCCACAACGACAAGCCGUCCGUUGUUGCUGCCAUCAAAAGGCUCCGUCAAAUCGGAGGCCGGUCGUCAGAUUUGGGCGACGCCAUUAACUAUGUUAUCAAUAAUGAGUUAAAGCCCGGCGCUGGAGCCCGCCUGUCCGACGCCUCCCAGCACCUUGUCGUUCUCACUGGGGGACGUUCACCCCAAGACGUUUCGUUAUAUGGACCGUUACUGAAAAGUUCCAGAGUCAACUGCAUCGGUAUCGGGGCAGGUGGUGCAGAUACAAGGCAGCUGUCUCAGAUCUCCACCACCGCUGAGGACGUCCUCCAGGUUCCUUCGUUCCCUGGCUUGCCAGCGGUACGCGAGAGGUUCAUCUCCAGGCUGAGGGGGGGCAUUCCUUUGCAACCAACCACGGAAAUUGAAUAUCCAACAUCUGGACUGCCACCACCCAAAAAGGCUGACAUUGUGUUUUUGGUGGACGGCUCCAUCAACCUGGGAAGAGAGAACUUCAAUGAAGUGAUGUCAUUCAUUACUAAUCUCAUCGACCUGUUCUACAACGACCGGGACGACCUGAGGUUUGGGCUUGCACACUACGCCACUGACGUGACUGAUGACUUCUACCUAAACACGUACAAGACCAAGCAGGAAAUCGUCGACGCCAUCAGCAGAGUUGAGUACAAAGCCGGACGUAAAAUAAACACAGGGGGCGCAAUUCGCCACGUACAAGAUAAGCACUUCAUAAAGGAACGCGGCAGCAGGAAGGACGAGGGGGCUCCUCAGAUCCUCAUGAUCGUCACAGGAGGACGGUCGGCAGACGACGGCAAGAGCGCCGCACUUGCCCUAAAGAACACCGGCGUGCGGAUCUUUGCAGUGGGAGUGGGCGACCUAGAAAGCGAGUUAGCAGGCCUUGCAAGUGAGCCCUCCACCAUGGCUCGGGCGUCCACCUUCCUGGAGCUUUCAGAACUGAAUGAACAAAUUCUUCAGACGUUGGAUGAUGAGAUGAAUGGAAAGCUAUGUGUUGGCGCUCUGGACGAUUUAAGAGCCUGCGACAUCGAGGUCCUGGUGGGUUUUGAUGUCUCGGACAAAAACAUAUUCAGCGUCCAGACCAAUCUGCAGAGCAAGAUGGAGGCCAUACUGCGGAGGAUAACAAAGAUGGCAUCCAUCAGCUGCUCCUCAGGGAAGAUCCCAUCCGUUCAAGUGGGUCUUCUGGCCAUGGACGCAACCAAAGCUGUUCAACUGGACUUCACCGACAAUGCAGAGGCGCUGUUCGAGGGCUUCAAGGCUCUUCGUGACAGCGGCCCAUUCGAGCUCAGUCUGAGAACCUUGUCUGCCUACAGCGACAGGUUCAAAAACAGGCAAGACAAUGUCGUGAAGGUCAUAAUCCACCUGACUGAUGGUAUCGAUGCACCAUAUCCUGAAAUGAAAAAACGGGUUGAGCAGCUGCAGGAGUCAGGAGUCAACAGUUUUAUCAUGGUCGGUCUGGAGCGGGCAAACAACUUUGAGGAGGCUCUGUCUUUGGAGUUUGGUCGGGGUUUCAGGUACACACGACCCCUGCGCCUCAACAUCAUCGACCUGGACUACGAACUGCAUGAGGAGCUGGAUAGCAUCGCUGAGAGGGAGUGUUGCAAGGUCCCCUGCAAGUGCACCGGAACCAGGGGAGACAGAGGGGCUCCAGGAGUUGCAGGGCCAAAGGGAGCCCCUGGAGGACUGGGCAGCCAAGGACAUCCUGGAGAUGAAGGUGGCCCGGGAGAGCGAGGGCCUCCUGGUGUGCAAGGAGUCCAGGGAUUCCAAGGAUGUCCCGGACGCAGAGGUGUCAAGGGUUCUAUAGGAUAUUCUGGAGAAAAGGGUGAUCUUGGAGAGAUUGGUCUGGAUGGCAUCAACGGCGAGGAGGGUAAAAGUGGAGUGGCUGGACCCCCAGGAGAACGAGGGAACCCUGGUGGAAGGGGCCCCAAGGGUGACAAAGGGCAGGCUGGAGACCGAGGAGACAUUGGCCUCAGAGGAGAUCCUGGAUCAAGAGGAAUCGACAACAACCAGUCUGGACCUAAAGGAGAUGCUGGUGACGCUGGACCGCCGGGUCAGCCUGGUGAGGAUGGCAAGGCCGGAACCCCAGGAGGCCCUGGAAGAAGGGGAGCUGAUGGCAGGCGAGGAGCACCAGGACCAGCUGGAGCCGCAGGGAGGCCGGGAGCCGACGGCGUGCAGGGAGAGCCGGGUAUCGGAGGAUCCAGAGGACCACCGGGGCCGAACGGUGUACCAGGAGGCAACGGAGAGGAGGGUAAUCCUGGGCCCAGGGGUCCCGGAGGUCGCCCAGGCUCCGCCGGAGAAAAAGGCAGACGUGGACCUCUUGGCCGAAAGGGAGAACCGGGAGAUCCUGGACCCAAAGGAGUGGUGGGACCCCCCGGGCCUCGGGGAGAAGCUGGCGAAGAUGGGAGAGACGGUUUUGGCAUCCCUGGACCUGAAGGAAGAAAGGGUGACGUGGGCUUCCCCGGCUACCCUGGACCAAAGGGAGCAGCUGGUGACCCUGGCUCCAAAGGAGGACCUGGACCUCAGGGCAAUCAGGGACAAAGGGGAGUCUCCGGGAACGCCGGCACACCGGGUCAGAAGGGAGAAGUCGGACACGCCGGAACUUACGGCCAGAAAGGGCCGAGAGGACCAGGCGUCGUGCAAUGCGACUUGGUCAAGAAGAUCAGAGACAACUGCCCAUGCUGUUACGGUCAGCAGGAAUGUCCUCGCUACCCGACCGAGCUUGCCUUCGCUCUGGACGUCUCCAGUGACAUCAGCCGUCCUUUCUUCAACAACAUGCGUGACACAGUCCUGCGCCUGGUCCGCGACAUCACCAUCACCGAGAGCAACUGUCCCCGCGGAGCACGGGUCGCUCUGACCCUGUACAACAGCGAGGUGACGACGGAGGUCCGCUUCAGCGACACCAUGAAGAAGAAGGAUCUGCUGCAACGGCUGGAUGGUCUACAGAUGCUGCAGACCAAUAAGAAACGCAGCUUAGACACAGCCAUGAAGUUCGUGGCCCAGAAUACCUUCAAGAGGGUUCGGAGCGGCUUCCUCAUGAGGAAGGUUGCCGUUUUCUUCGUUGGCGGAUCUGUCGGCAACACACAGACAAUAUCCAACGCGGCUUUACGUCUCCACGAUGCAGGAAUAGCUACUCUGUUGCUGGUGAACAGGGAGGACCGAGCACUCAGCCGAGCACUGCAGGUGAAUAACACUGGUCUGGCCCAGGUCCUUGUCCUUCCAAAUCCAGGAAGUGCUCAGUACAAUUCAGUCAUCCAGAAGGUGAUGAGCUGCCACGUGUGUUUCGAAAUCUGCUUACCAGACCCAACAUGCGAGUACAUUCCACCAUCUGCUGGUCGUGACAGAAGAUCUUUCAUCACAGACGUGGACAUCGACAUGGCCUUCAUCAUCGACAGCUCUGAGUCCACAUACUCCAACUUCUUCACGGAGAUUAAACGCUACAUCGCGAGCAUAGUGGAGAACCUUCAAGUGUCGACCAGCCCCUUGACAUCCCUCCAUCACGCCAGGGUGUCUGUCAUCCAGCAAGCUCCUUACCAGUUCCUCCACAACCAAAGUGGCUCUCCCAUCCAGGUGGACAUCGGCCUGACUGAGCAUCACUCUGCUGAAAAUAUUGUCAAGUUCCUCCUGGAGAAGACACCACAGUUAGAGGGCGGACGUGCGUUGGCCGCUGCCAUAGAAGCCACGGCCGAUCGGGUGUUCGAGCAGGCGCCUCUGCAACGUCCAAGGAAGGUCAUCAUGCUUUUCGUGACUGGACGCGUGGCCGAGGAUGAGCAUCAGCUGGUGCACAUUGCGACCGAUGUCAAAUGCCGAGGAUACUUCAUCGUCAUCAUCGGCGUUGGCCUGGACCUGAGAGCAGAGGACAUGCGGGUUUUGUCGCGCAUGGCCAGCGAGCCUUCGGACGUCUUCUUCAAGAGGGUGGAGAGCAUCGCUCACUUCUACGACAGACAUUUCCAGAACUUCGGCCAGCUGUUGCCGAAAUACAUCAGCAUUGAAAACGCCUUCUACAUGUCGCCUGAGGUUUCCAGAAACUGCUCGUGGUUCCAGAGCGACCAGCCACUCAAAAACCCUUUUAAGUUGUCAAACCAGCCGCGGAAACACCAGAAGCAUCACGAGAUUCACCAGAAUGUUCACCUCCCGAAGCACAAAGACUCCGACGAGCUCCACGUCUUCAACGUCACCUCCAACAGCGUGAAGCUGCGAUGGAACAGCGGCGACCCCAAACUCUUUGUCUACUUCGAGGUGGCGGUGACCCGGCUGAAGGACCACCACCUCGUUUUGAAGACCAACGUGUCCAGCACAGAGAUCACACUGGACAACCUGGAAAGCAUUGAGUCCUAUCACGCCGUGGUCUCAGCCCACACCGCGGAUGGGCAGAUCACCUCCACUCACAAGGGGAUCUUCACCACCAAAGCAGCCGAACACAAAGCCGUCAAAACCAUCAACAUCAGCGAGGGUAUCACACCACCUCUGGACAAACCUGCCACAGAGCCAGAGCCUGAGGCUGAAGUGAAGGAGAUGGAGAAAGUUAAAAUCCCCCCUCCUGCUGCUGCCACGGCACCCGUGAACAUCUGUAAACUGCCCAAAGAAGAAGGGCCGUGUGCCAAAUUCGUCCUCAAGUGGCACUUUGAUGCUUCCACCAAGAGCUGCACACGCUUCUGGUUCGGAGGCUGCGGUGGAAACAGGAAUCGCUUUGACACUCAUGAGCAGUGUGUAAAGGCUUGUGGAAAACCAGGUGCCACCAGACGUGGCGUCAUCACUACCAUCAGAACAUAGGACGUUCCCAAGCGCCAUGGCCGCCUCUCACCGGCAAAAAUGGCCGUACUGUAAAGUUGCAAUACCAAAGCAAAGAUGGCUGCACUGGAUUCCACUGCGGACUUCAUCCCUCAACUUCUUGAAGUUCUCACGACGAAAUAAAGAAAGCAACACGACUUGCUGCAUGAUUUGAGUUUUGUUUUUACCGACUGGUGCUACAUAGUCUUGUUUGAUUUUUUAGCUGUUGCCCAUUCCAUGUCGGGAAAUCACAAUCCUCUAAAACAUCGAGUUUUGAUCCUGUUUAUGUCUUAGUCAUACAGUUUUAUGAUGUCAUUCGAAGUAUAUUUGAGUAUCUUGGACGUAGAUUUCAGCUACAUGACUCACGGCAGUUUUUUUGGUUCUAUCGAUUCACUUUGUUUUCCUCACCUCGUGGAAUCCUUUCAUCCGUAAGCCACAGCAACGUAACACGAAGUGCACUUCUGGAUCGCACAGUCAAGUUCCAGCUUUAAAAACAUGGAAUGUAAUUGUCAAGCUAUUUUAUUUUUGUUUCACUGAAAUUUGGGAUUCAUGUGGGUGCAGGGGGAAAUAAAGACGAACAAGACUUUCUAAUAAACAUGA